AUGGACCAGGACAAGAGAAAAACAAAAGAUGAAGUGAAGCAGGCUAAGGAGGUAGAGAGGGAUGAACCCCAGAACACUGUGGAAUCCAGGAAAAUACAGACAUACCUGGUAACACUUCCAACUGCCGUGAAGAAGUUUGCAACCAUCUCAGAUAAAAAAAACUCAGAUCCAAAAUACAGUGAUCACUCGGAGGGGCCAUUUGGUUUGGGCCCUCUCGUUUUCCCUUGUUUACAGCGUUUCAACAACAUUAAGUUCUUCAUGACUUUGUGCUUUUUAGCAACCUUGUCUCAUGGUAUGAUCAUUGCUCUUGUUGACCUGAGUAUAAAAAUAUUUGCAUCUCAAUUUGUUCCUUCAAACACAGAGAUACACCUAAUGGAUUCUAGUGAUUUUUUUGCUGCUUUCCUGGUAUCAAUAUUUGUAGCAUAUUUUGGAGGAAGAGGGAACAGGCCAAAGUGGGUGGCAGCUGCCACUAUCAUAACAUGGCUUGCUGCAAUUGUUUUUGCUCUGCCUUUCUUUAAUUAUGAAAUUAUAAAAAUGGGUGCAGUAAAACAAGAGGAUUUGUGUGAGGAAGGAAAAAAACCUAACGUUUGUGGGGCAACCGUAGUACCACAAAAAUCAACAUGCAUCUAUCUCCUCAUCUUCGGGCAGUUGCUCCAUGGAAUAGCAGGGGUUCCACUUUAUCUGCUUGCCAUAACCUUCAUUUUUGACCAUGUUCCAACACUUUCAUCUGGAUUACAUGUAGCUACUGCAGAUGCUGCACAAACAUUAGGAUACAUUCUGGGUUUUCUAAUAGGAGUAAAAAAUUUUCAGUUGCCUGUGAAAAAAGCUAUGAAAGCAGUUGGACAUGUUCAGAGGUUUCGAAUAUUACAGAGUGGUUGGUGGAAAUCUUUCAUUUUUGUUGGUUCAAUCUCACUUUUUACAACUUUACCGCUGCUCUGUUUUCCAUCUAAUUUACCCGGGGCACACAAGAUAAGGCUUGCAAAAAGUCAAGAACCUCCUAGAAUUGACAGGAGACUUGAAAAUAUGAAAAUUAUACCUAAUUUGAAAAGUGUUCUUCAUGCUAUUUGGUGUCUGCUGAGGAACCCACUGGUGCUGACCCAGACAUUCUGCAAAGUCACAGAGUAUAUGACUUUUAUGGCAUCUUCACAAUUUUUGCCCAUAUAUCUACAAACUCAGUUUUUAAUAACACCAGUUCAUUCUGUUAUUUUCACAGGAGUGCUUAUAUUUCCAGGAUGUAUGGUUGGCCGUUUUGUUGGAGGUUAUGUUGUUUACAAAUUGAAAAUGAAUAUUAAGAACAAAUUGAAAUUUAUAUCAGCAGCAUCUAUUUUAUCCGUUUUACUUUUCCUAUUUCUGAUUUCUGUGAAUUGUGAAACAGCAAAGUUUCCUGGAAUCAAUGAUGAUUAUGAUGGCCUUGGUAGCAUUGGAAAUCUCAAAGCUCCGUGCAAUGAGUACUGUGGCUGCACAACUACUGUCUAUAAUUCCAUAUGUGGACGAGAUGAGAAACAAUAUUUCUCCCCCUGCUUUGCAGGGUGCAGUGCUUCUAAACAGAUAAGGAGAGAAAAGGUGUACUACAAUUGUUCUUGCAUUAAAGAAGGAUUGACAACUGUGGAUACUGAAGGUCAAUAUAUUGAUGCACUUUCUGGAACAUGUAAUACCAAAUGUCUUACUUUACCUUUGUUUUUUGCUUUUUACUUUUCUGCAACCAUUUUUUCUAAUCUCUGUAGUAUACCUGCCCUCCUGAUUAUCAUGGAAAGUGUACCUGCCAGUUGGAAUUCAAUGAGCCUUGGUGUGACAUUUACAAUUUGGAGAUUCAUUGGAUCAGUCCCUGCACCAAUAUUUUUUACAAGACACGCAGCUUUAUGUUGUAGUUUCUGGGAUAUUAAUGAAUGUGGAAGAAAAGUGCGUUGUUGGAUCUAUCAUAAGGAAAAAUUGAUCUUCAUAUUUGUGGGAAUGUGGAUUAGCUUGCAAGUAGCCACAAGCUUGCUUUGUCUUUAUGCGACCUACAGACAUGAUUAUGUGGUAAAAGGGAAGACUCAGAGGCUGGCUACACCUAAGAAGGAAAAGGAGAAGAAGAAGAAAAAAAGAUUAAUUUCUAACUGA